ACUGAUAUGUUGAGAGCGGCAAGAGGCUCACAUUUAUCAGGACAGUCAAAGUUUGUUGGCUAACAUUUCUGUGGCUGUUCAUAUCUCACAGAGAUACAUCAAAUGGAUAUUUUCGCUUUACUAUGGAUAGUCUCUGGCUUUCACAGGUUUAACUGAAGGAGCUGGUGUGCUGCCAGACCGUCUGAACGCAGCUGUGGGAGGGAAAGUGAUGUUCACCACAACACCGACUCCAGGAACAACUUUUCAAUCAGUGACCUGGAGAUUUGGUGCUAAAGAUAUAUUUACUUGGAAUGUUAACAACUUCCCUGCACCAGAGUAUGAAGACAGGAUCACCUUCUUCUUGUCUACUGGAUCUCUGGAGCUCAGGAACCUGACUCUAACUGACAGUGGAGAAUACUCAGUUACCAUUGUACCACCAGGAGAACGACCACAGCCAGGGAACACCAGACUGGACGUAUACGCACCAGUCUCCAAUGUAACGGUAACCUCCAGCAGCACAGAGCUGGUGGAGUUCAACAGCUCCGUCAGUCUGUCCUGCUCCUCCUCUGGAUCCCCUCUCUCUUUCCUCUGGCUGAACAGCAGCUCUGAGGUUACAGGAAGUGACAGAGUUCAGAUCACUGAUGGAGGAUCCACUCUAACUAUAAUUAAUGUGACCCGCUACGACCAGGGACCAUUCCUGUGUCAGGUAUCUAAUCCUGUCAGUGAGGGAACCAGUGCUCCUCCACUAAACCUCACCAUCUACUAUGGCCCAGAAAAUACUAUGUUCACAAUAAAUCCGACAAAAGAACACCAUCCGGAAGGAUCAGACAUCGUCCUGUCCUGCUCAGCUGACUCCAGACCUCCUGCUCAGUUCACGUGGUUUCUGGAUGGUAGCGAGCUGUCUGAUGGACCAGAGCUCAAACUGAUGAACGUUCAGAUCAGUCAAAGUGGAAGCUACAGCUGUCAGGCCUUCAACGACAAGACUCUGAGAUAUGAGACGUCUACGCCUGCAUCCAUCUCUGUACUGACACCAGUUACCAAUGUUGUGGUAACUUCAGAACCAACAGAGCUGGUGGAGUUCAGCUCAGUCAGUCUGUCCUGCUCCUCCUCUGGAUCCCCUCUCUCUUUCCUCUGGCUGAACAGCAGCUCUGAGGUUACAGGAAGUGACAGAGUUCAGAUCACUGAUGGAGGAUUCACUCUAACUAUAAUUAAUGUGACCCGCUACGACCAGGGACCAUUCAGGUGUCAGGUGUUUAAUCCUGUCAGUAAUGGCACCAGUGAUCCACUAAACCUCACCAUCUACUAUGGUCCAGAAAAAACGCAUUUGACAAUAUCUCAGCCACAGAAAUAUUAUGAGAACGGGUCAGACAUCAGCAUGAACUGCUCAGCUGACUCCAGACCUUCUGCUGUAUUUAAGUGGUUUCUGAAUGGAGCCCAGCUGUCUGAUACUGGAUCAGAUCUCAGUCUGAUGAACGUUCAGAUCAGUCAGAGUGGCUACUACAGCUGUCAGGCCUUUAACAACAAGACUCUGAGAUAUGAAACGUCUCAGCCUUCAGUUGUUUCUGUACUGGAGAAAGUAUCCGGCGCUUCUGUCACAUCUCCAUCAAACCUGCCGAUUGAGUGGAACUCUUUCAGAUUAAUCUGUGACGCUGCUGGCUCUGUCUUUACCAGAGAGUGGAGAAAGGGAGGCUUAGAUCUGACUCCGACUGUAAACAUGACCCUCACCAACAACAGCAGAGAGCUGUCUUUUAGCAGUCUGAGUAAAGACGACACAGGAGAUUAUUCCUGUAUUAUCAGCAACCCCCUCAGCAGCGAGGAAGCAAAGUACUCCAUGAUAGUUAACUAUGGACCAGAAACAGUUCAAAUCACAGGUCCAAGUCAGAUACAUGUGGGAGGCACAUUUAAAUUAACCUGCUCGGCUGCAUCUGUACCAACUGCCAAUUACACCUGGACGCUGAAUGGGCCAGUGAUACACACUUCUGCUGUGUUUUAUAAAAACAACACUGAAUUAUCUGACAGUGGCAACUACUACUGUGAAGCGUGGAAUGAUAUAACCGGGAGAAAAUCAUCAGCGGUCCAUGAACUGACCGUAACACAUGAGCCAGAGCCAGGGCCAGUCCAAUCAGGCUGUUCGGGUGGUUGCAUCGCUGGAAUAGUAAUCGGAGUUUUAGUCCUCGGUGUUGUAGCUGCUAUUGUGUGGUACUUCCUUUGUUACAAAAAAAAACAAAAGAAAGAUCGUUCCGCUGAAAACACCAACACCAGAACUGGAGUUGAAGGCCAGGACAACGGGGCGUACACAAGAAGUCAGGAGAUGCACUACGCAGAUGUCCAUUUUACCAAAAAGAAUAACGGGGAAACAGUCCAGAUGGGAGACCAGAAUAAACCGUCAGACUACGCUGAGGUCAGACUGAACAACAAUCCUCGUGCUGCUGCGUCCUCUCUCCCAACCUACGAUGCUCACCUACAGCGCAACAAGAGGCCGGCUCCUCAGCCUGAAAUCGCCGAACUCUACGCUCAAGUUCGCAAGAAUUGACCACACUGGAUGAAAUGGAUAAUGUGGGGGGGGUCUCACUGGAAGCAGCUAACAUGAGAAACCUUCACUUUGCUCUCAGUCUUUCUUUUUUUUAAUGGAGGACUCAUUUCCCUUGAGUUAGCUUGUCCAAAGCACUUUAGCCGGGGUUAAUGAUCAACCAGUUUGUCACAGUUAUUGCCGUGACUGAGGUCAGACUGCACAAUGUUGGCUAGCUAGCUCGCAAUGAUAACAAUAGCUUCCUUGUGUACAGUUAAUUAAAAGUGCCAUAGAUGAGUGGAAAUGUACCAUGUGCUAAUCUGGUGUUAGCUUUAGCAUAAUGUUUGAUACCGGUGUGGUGCCAUGUUGGACUCCUUAUGCAUACUCAGUGAUCACAUCUAUUUUAUUUUUAUUUUGCAUUGAUUCUCUUUAAUCUGUCAUUUGUGAACUAUAAUGACAUUGUUAUGGCGGAAAGAUUAAUGAUAUGUGUUGGUCCAAAGGACUAACUGAAAGAUCAAUAUAGAGAUUAAUUUCAUGAAGAUAAAGUUUAACUUUAUAAUGGGGAGGUGUGAAGCCACAACAAUCCAAAAAGCCAUCAACGAAAACAAGAUAUAGCUUGUUCUCCAGUUCCACUUGAACCACGGAAGAAAUGUAAUUUGAUAGCUUAAGAUCAACCUGCAAGGUUAAUGACGGAUAUCUUUAUGUACAAUAAGUGCCUUACUGUAAGUCUGCCUCCAACAGACAUGCGGAAACUAGCUUUUUAAGAAAUGUGUCAAUAAUUCCCGCAAUCGAUGAUCAGGGUAAUUCAGGAAAAGAUUGACAGUAAAUGUCAAUAAAAGUUGCUGUGUGAUAAAAUGAUAAGGUGCUACUGUAUAUCUGUCAGCAUGUUUCCCCGAAAGGCCUGCAGCCAAAAGGGAAGUGAAACUAGUAGAAAAUAGACGCACAUUUGCAUUGCUGCAGACUCUCGGUUUCCUCAACUCAAUGCAAAUCAUAGCAUGUUCUGUUUCGCGAUAGUUUCCAAAACAAUAAUCAGAAGACAUCAAAGUAGUCUGUUUCACUCAAUGCACAAGACUUUCUAUUUCACGGCAGUAUUCCAGGUCCUUGAGCCCCCCCCCCCCUCCACAGGUCCCAUCACCAAUAUGAUGAAAUUCAUAUUUGUAUUUAAGAUUAGAUAAGAGGUACUUUAUUGAUCCCAAAUUGAGCAUAAAAAACAAGGCAUUGCACAUAAGUAGGAACUAAGAGUAGAAUUAAACAAUUUCUUAAAUUUAAACAUCUCAAAAUAUAAAUAAAACAGUAUUAAAAAGUAGAAAAUAUACAAGUUGACAGUGAGAUAAAAAAAUCUAUAACAAUCUGACAAAUAAAACACUAUUAAAGGGUCGAUUUUCAGUUAACACAAUAAAUAAUUUAGUUCCAAACUCAACCAGACUUGUUCAACAACAUGCUUUUUUAAAAUUGUUUUCGUCCUUUAUUUCAGUUAUAUAAAAUGUCAAACUAUAGCUAGAGUCCAAACACAACUUUUUCUGAUGAAUGCAAGUGCCAAACUGUUGUUAACAAAUAAUCCAUCUGGAAAAUUAUGCAUUUCAACCAGAUUUCAACAUCACCUGUUCUUAUUUCGCUUUGCUCUGUUUCAUUAUUUAAUCUCCUGUAAAAUGUGACGAUAAAUGCUGAGUAACAGUUUUGUGUUACAUUUGCACAUAUUUUAAAUGCAGCAACUCAAUUUUCCCACCUCUGCAACAAUGUUAUUUAAGUGUUUUGUGAUAAUUCAGUAAUCUAAGAUUAUUCCCAGGAGCUUUUUCUCUUGGACUUAGUCUAUAGAUACAUUAUUUAUGUAAAUAUGUAAUUGAAAAGAAACAAUUCUAAGUUUAUAACAAAUCAAUGUGUUUUGUUUUUUAGAAAUAUUCAGUGGAUUUUCACAUUAUCUCAGGCCCUAAACACAUUUUAUUUAUAUUUGUUAAUAGAAAAGAACAGACUGUUUGAUAUGGUGGUUCCCAUUGAAGUUACCAAUGUAUGUUUGCUGUUGGUAUAGAAGAUGGUAAUGCCAUAAACAAGGACUUACUGUACUGUAUGAUUUAUUUGACAAAUAAAAGGAUUAUUUGAUCCA